UUUCCUAUACAGGGCAGCACGGGCUUUCUUAUACGGUUUUACAACUCCAAACAUUUUGCACAUAUUUUGCAAGAAAACACCUUUUGCAUAGGCAAAAACGUGUAAAAUACGGAAAUCCAUGGAAAGCACAGGGUUAAGCGGAAACAUAUUUCCGUACAUAGGAGUCCUGGUGAGUGUGACCAGCUGGAGGCAUGCAGAUAACGCGUUAUUUUGCCGGCCUCUUCUGCGAGACGGUACGGUAUUCUGGCUGGAUAGAGCGUCGGGCACUCAACAUUUCCAAGGCACUCAUCCCAAAUCAAAAUUCUUUAUAAAAAUAUCAAUAAAAAGGAACCACGCCGAGCUCGGAGAUAUAAUGAGUGUGAGUCCCAGCCCACAUCAGCACAGUCCACAUGUAGACCCACACAGCCGCGCCGCUGACUGCGAUCUGGGGCACAAGCUAACGAAUGGCCGUGCGAUGACCGACUCGCGAGGCAGUCGUUGCCACGACCAAGUCUUUAGCGGAUCGCUGAACUCGCUGGCCAGAAAGGAGGAGAGCGAGGAGGAUGCAAAGGUCUUGGGCCCAGGCCCAGGCACGGGUCGCGUGGGCCUCCAGAACAUUGCCAACACCUGCUACAUGAACUCGGCGCUGCAGGCGCUGAGCAAUCUGCCACCCAUGACGCAUUACUUCAUCAACUGCAGCGAGUUGGUGGAGUACAUUGCCGACCAGAGCGUCCGUCGCUGCAAGCCCGCUGGCCUGGCGAAGAGCUAUCGCCGCCUUAUGCAGGAUAUUUGGCAGGAAGUCGACGGAAACAAAGAGGCCGUUGCUCCGCGUGGCAUUUUGUACGGCAUUCGGUCGGUGCAUCCCAUGUUCAGGGGUUACCAGCAACACGACACCCAGGAGUUUCUCCGCUGCUUUAUGGACCAGCUGCAUGAGGAGCUCACAGAGCAGGUAUCCAUGCUGCCACAGCCCCAAAACCAGUCACAAUUGCAGUCCCAGCAACAGCAGCCGCCCAGCGAGACGGAUGACGACAACGAAGAUGAGGCGGUUCCUCCCUCCUUAACGCCAGCGACUUCCGAGAGCGAGUACGACACCUGCGAGAGCAGUAUGUCGGAGCGCUCGGCGGAGGUGCUGCUCAAGACAGAGUACUUUGUGACGCCGCGUCGAACAAACGGCUCCAGCGGCAACAUUCCGGAAACCCACCCAGUGCAGCUGCAACAGCCAAAUGGAUCCACCGCAGAGCAAAAGCCAGUAGAGGCGGCACGCUCCAUCAUUAGCGACGUAUUCGACGGGAAGCUCUUAUCCUCUGUACAAUGCCUCACCUGCGAUCGGGUGUCCACGCGUGAGGAGACAUUCCAGGACCUAUCGCUGCCCAUUCCUAACCGCGACUUUCUCAACGUUCUCCACCAGACGCACAGCCUGAGUGUGCAGAGCCUGAAUGCCGCCGAGACGUCCGCAAGGGCCAACGAAGGCUGGCUGGCCUGGAUGUGGAAUGUGCUACGCUCGUGGAUUUAUGGACCCUCAGUGACGCUCUACGAUUGCAUGGCCAGCUUCUUUAGUGCCGACGAGCUCAAGGGGGAUAAUAUGUACAGCUGCGAGCGCUGUAACAAGCUCCGCACAGGCAUCAAGUUCUCCAAAGUGCUCACCCUGCCAGAGGUGUUGUGCAUACAUUUGAAGCGCUUCCGUCAUGACCUAUCCUACAGCACGAAAAUCUCGUCGGAUGUCUACUUCCCGUUGGAGGGCUUCGAUAUGCGACCGUACAUCCACAAGGAUUGCCGCAGCCAGGUGCCCAUAUACAACCUCUCGUCGGUAAUCUGUCACCAUGGCACUGUGGGCGGUGGCCACUAUACCUGCUAUGCCCGCAACGCACUCAACGGGCGAUGGUAUGAGUUCGAUGAUCAAUACGUGACGGAAGUGAGCCCAGAGACGGUGCAGACCUGCCAGGCAUAUGUGCUCUUCUACCAGAAGCACAACCCCCAGAUGAAGCUUAUACGGGAGACGGCGAUCAGUUUGUCCACCACGCAUCCGCUGUGCGACUCGGACAUCCAGUUUUAUGUGACCCGAGAGUGGCUGUCGCGACUAGCAACCUUCUCGGAGCCGGGGCCGAUCAACAACCAGGAGAUGCUCUGCCCCCACGGCGGUAUUCUACAUUCCAAGGCGGACUUGAUCAGCCAAAUAGCGGUGCCCAUUUCGCAGCCGCUGUGGGACUAUCUCUAUCGAACAUUUGGCGGCGGACCGGCGGUGAACAUCAUGUUUGAGUGCGAGAUAUGCAAGCGGGCGGCAGAGACACUGUCGCGGCGUCAGCAGUACGAGCUGAACGAGUUCACAAGGUACAAUGGCCUGCAAAACGAGUUCGAUUCGACGGCCAUCUAUGCCAUUGCCAUGCCCUGGCUGCGCUCCUGGCAGCAGUUCUCGCGCGGCAAGACCCACAAGGAGCCGGGACCGAUAGCCAACGAGGGCAUUGCUGCUCCCAUGGAUAAUGGAUCGCUAAAUGGCUCUAUGACCGCCGCCGUCAGCUGCGUUCGAUUGGGCUCGGACUAUGCCCAACUCAAUGCCCGUUUGUGGCGAUUCCUGCAUAAUAUAUACGGUGGCGGACCGGAAAUCAUGCUGCGCCAGGCUCUCUCCGACGACGAAGAUGAUGCCGGCGAGAUUGAAAUCAUCGAUCAGGACGAUCAGGAGUGCAACGAUGACGAGGAGCAUCAGGAGGAGCGAGAGGAGAACGUUGUCAUGCCGGAGCAGGAUGUAGUUGAGACUCUUGACUACCAGCACAAUCAUUCCGACACCGAAAGCAACUUGGGGCGACGCAAUACGCCGAGUCCGAGUCUCAGUUCCAGCCGAAGUCCGACGGCCAAGCGUCAGUCCGAGGAGGCGGAGUCGGAUCUGCAGCCAAGUAGUCCAAAGUCAAAGCGCAACAGGGCGAGAGUGAAGGUCUCGGCCAUGCGUUUAAAUAUGCGCAAGAAGGGCAAGCGGAAUCGCAGCGCCUACAAGCAGCAUGCGGAGAUGUUUGGGGCCAAAGGAAACUACAAUGCCAACACACAAGCCGAUCCGCCAGCGGGCGAGCUGCACAGCAGAGACAAGGAUAAGGAUAAGGACAAGGACAAGAGCAAGGAGCGAACUAAUGCAUUUCCGAGCGAAUACAGCUUACCCAUUUCGAUACCAUUCCAAAGCGACAAUUUCCAGGUGAACGGAGUUCACGAAAAGGGCAACAAGCUGCUGCGGAACGGCACCAGAAGCGGCAGCAACGCAACCACUAACAACAAGGAGAACGUGACGCUGCAAAAGUUCGUGACACUGCGCGAGGCGAAUGGGCCGAGCGACGAGACUGACAUUUGAUCGAUGGAUCAGCCAGCGGAUCAAGGUGGUGUAGUCCCUGGCAAGUCGCCGAUUCGCAGGCCCACGAAAACCAAGUUUAGGCGUAAACGAAAGCGUUAUUAGUUUAAUACCCCAAUGUGUUUGUUUUUGGUUGGGUUGGAGGCUGGAGGCUAUCUAAGCUAUAUAAAAAAAAAAUGUAUUUAUAAAUUAAUCGUAUUGCCAUUCCCCUAAGUCCCGGCGCCCUACCAGUUUACGUUUGCCCUGGCUCCUGUGCCAGGACCGACCUUUGUAUAUAUAUAGUAUAUAAUAAAUAUAUAUAUGUGGGAGUGUGAUUUAAGUUGGUGUAAACAUAGAGAAUAAAUCGUAGAGAGCAUGGUCAGAAAGUGAAAAA